ACCAAAAGAGCCUCAAAUAGGCCCCAAUUGCUCCAGCGAUACGGCCGUCGGCCGAGCUUUAUGUUGGCAGCUGUAGCAUUGCGGCUAUCGCUUACAAGCUUGAAUUUGUGGCAGUCGCAUGAGUGGCCCGCAGACGCUUGUUGAUCCAGACAAGCUGACAGCUUAUGAAACACCUAUAGCAAAGAAAAGUGCUCUGGACAAAGCUAAAGAAGUUGCCCAGCGCAAGGCUGCGAUAGAAGCUGAAGAAAGACGAUCUGUGUUACAAUCCAUCGAGGAAGAGUACGCUGCUGGCUCAACUAGACAUGCCAAGGAGCCCGGCAAGCGACCUUACACGUCAAGCUUCGAUGAUGGCGAAAGUGAAGCCGACAGGGAACGCCGCCUCAAAGGACAACGUCAGAAGUCUGGCGCUGCGUAUCUGGAAGAGCUGAAACUGCUCAACGAGAGGCGACAGUCUUAUGCGAAGAACAACGAACCACGCCAAGAGCGCAUUUUACCAACAGUUAAGCUGUACGGUCUGCCGCUCGCUAUGAAGGCGACCGACAUUUUGACAGUGCUCAAACCAUUUGGCUCUGUCCAAGAUCUACAAUUGGCUCAAGGACAAGCCAUAGCCACGUUCGCGAAGGAAGGGGAAGCGAGUGCUGCGAAGCUUGGUGUGCAAGGUACCUAUCUGGGUCAAGGUUGCUGGAUGCAGACCUCUCCGCAGAAACGUCCUGAGCAUCCUUUCGAUGCGAAACCUAAGCAGCUCAAUCUAUCUCGUGUGGCUCCACCUUCUACACUCUCGGCAAAGCCUCGAGCAGGUCCGGCACUCGAGGUGCGCGUUGAACGGCAUGCCUCUAUGCAUGUUCUUAGUCGUAUUCAUGGCAUGGCUCAAGGUGUGCUAGACCAUGGUCCAGCCUUUGAGGCUGUCGUACGCCAAAAGCGACGGGACGACCCAGACUAUGCUUUUCUCUUUCAAGAAACAUCAGCAGAAGCUCUCUAUUAUCGGUUCCGCCUGUGUCUCGCAUUCCAGGGUAUUGCUGAACUUGAUCGUCCAGGCUAUCUACUAGACGACAACACCCAGUGGUUUCCGCCUCCCCUUGGGCAAGACAAUGGCGAUGAGGUGUGUAAUCUCGAGUCUCUGAGCAAUGUCCCAGCAUCGGACUAUCCAUACUUGCUCUCGGAAGGAUCUCGCACACGCUUCUAUCACCUUCUCCGGAACGUCAAUGGCGAGCGGUGUCGCAUCGCUGCAAUUACAGCCUUUGCCAUGUCACAUCCGAACCACGUGCAAGAAGUGACUGACAUCCUUGCAUCUGGAUUCCAGCCUGAACUCUCUUGGAAAGUGCUCAUGGCACGUUUGUGGGUCAUCUCGGACAUUCUUUACAAUACCACGCUUCCUAUCGUCAAUGUACGCGACUAUCGCUUGUAUUUUGAAAAGAAAAUGCCAGAGAUACUGUGUGCACUUGCAGGCGCCGCAGACCGGAUGGAUUCGCGUAUCAGGAAGGAAAACUUCAUUUCUCUCGUUGAACAAGUCUUGAACUUGUGGCAGCAACGCAGCCAUUUCACUGAGGGGACGAUACCUAUUCUGCUUGAAUUAAUCCAGGAUGCGCUCUCAAAGGAUUUUGCUGGUGUCGUGGAGACUCAGGAUGAACAACUUCCUCUGGAUCCACACUACCAAUCACCUCCACAAGUCUCUGAUGAAGGCUCCGACUCUGCACGCACAGGCAUUGGUCACACGCACACAGGACAUGCGCUGGUUGUCGAAGACUCGGCUGAUGAUCGGGACCUGAUUGCAUAUGAGCGUCAAUAUGCUGAGGCCAGCACGGACAGCAGCAACUUGGUUGGUGACGAAGUCGCCUCUGACUACGCAAAGCCGGAGAGUAUGCCGAAGAUCAAGCUUGCCUUUGGUGCCACAAAGAAGCCGUUCAAGCCGAAAUUUGAAGUUUCGAAAGGAGGGAAACCAGAAUCACGCAUCGAGGCUGUAGCUAGUGCCGUGCCCAGGCAGCCGAGCACUGGACUGCCUCCUGCGAUGAACAGCUCCGGCGAUGAACAAGUACCUCAGGGCGCUAGUGAGCCUGCAAGCCCAUCACCGUCUCCGCCGAGAAGGAAUCGGUCAAGUCCGGUUUACGAAUCUUAGUUGAAUAUGUUGAAUUGCAAGUGUUGUACAGACAAUUAGGUCAAUAGCAUAUUAGCAUGUAGUGACAUUGUAGUCUGCUUCCAAUACUUUUGAGUGG